AUGGGUGGUGACCCCUCAACCCAGGGCUUCAGCUCCACCUCCCAAGUGCACUUGGAUGGCAACUUUACUCCCUCAUUUUGGGGCAGCCCCAUUCUCCUAAUACAACUGAGCGGCAAACCCACCACCUCAGCCCCAGCAGGCCCUGUUCAUUUGUCUCUUGGACAUGGAAAUCCUGGCCCCUCAGAAAAUGGACGUACCCAACUUGGAGAAUUGUUACCAUGCAAGAUUUGUGGAAGAACAUUCUUUCCAGUAGCAUUGAAAAAGCAUGGACCCAUUUGCCAGAAAACUGCCACUAAAAAAAGGAAGACUUUUGAUUCAAGCAGACAAAGAGCUGAAGGAACUGACAUUCCAACAGUAAAACCCCUUAAGCCUAGGCCAGAACCACCAAAGAAACCAUCUAAUUGGAGAAGAAAGCAUGAAGAAUUUAUUGCCACCAUAAGAGCAGCAAAAGGACUCGAUCAAGUACUUAAAGAGGGUGGCAAACUUCCACCUCCACCUCCACCGUCAUAUGAUCCCGAUUAUAUUCAGUGCCCAUAUUGUCAGAGGAGAUUCAAUGAAAAUGCGGCUGAUAGACAUAUCAAUUUCUGUAAAGAGCAGGCAGCACGUAUUAGUAAUAAAGGAAAAUAUUCUGCUGAAGCCAAAGGAAAACCAACCCCUCGGGCACAGCUCUUAUUGACUGCUGAAAAUCUAGCAGAAAAUGAAAAAUUACUGUUAGAGUCAAUGGAGAAGAGAGACGGAGAGCAACAGCAAGGACAGGUGUAUUCAAGUCAAACCUGGGAGAGGCUUGCUGAACAUGGCCGGAAGCAUCCUCCCAUACAGGCUGAAGGUAUGCCUUCAGGUAAAGUGUCUUCAGUUAGCAGCUCUUUGGGAAACAAACUUCAAACCUUAUCUCCCUCCCAUAAAGGGAUUACAGCCCCUCAAGUAGGACCUAGCAUCAAAUCUCGAAAUUCUACACCGCCUAGUUUGGCACGAAAUCCUGCCUCAGGUGUACCUACAAGCAAAAGAAAAAUAUAUACUGAGAGCUACAUAAGCAGGCCAGAUGGAGACUACCUGUCUUCACUUAAUGGUGGAAAUAUUAAAAGCAGUGAAGGAAAUUCAUCUGGACACUUACCAAAAUUCUGCCAUGAAUGUGGAACCAAAUACCCUGUAGAAUGGGCAAAGUUCUGUUGUGAGUGUGGCAUUCGAAGAAUGGUUCUGUGA